UUAUCAAACCGCAUCAUUAUUGAAACCAUAUAUAUAAUUAGCUUGAAUGCAAAGUAUCUUUCGUGACACUUCUCCACCAUGAAGUUUCAUGAUAUUGAACUUCCCAAUGAAAAAAACACAACACCUAACAUCCCCAAACAGGUUUUCCUACUAGCCCUUACCUUGAUCGUCCUCACAAUAAUCCCUCUUUGCUUAAACAAUGAUUCACUGUCACCAUUGCCCUCUCCUAAGAUCAAUACCAACGAUUUGAAAAGCAUAGAAUCUGAGGAGAAAUGUGAUGUAUUUAGUGGAAAAUGGGUUCCAUUCUCUCAGGGGCCUUAUUACACAAAUGAAACUUGUGAUCUUAUCAUUGAUCAGCAAAACUGCAUGAAGUUUGGGAGACCCAAUACAGAGUUCUUGAACUGGAGGUGGAAACCAGAUGAAUGUGAGCUUCCUCUCUUUGAUGCUGUUCAGUUUUUGGAGCUUGUCAGAGGGAAAUCAAUAGCCUUUGUCGGUGACUCUGUAGGAAGGAACCAAAUGCAAUCAUUAUUGUGUCUCUUGGUUGGUGUGGUUCAUCCUGAGGAUAUCACUCUCAAUUAUACAUCUGACACAAUAUAUUUCAAACGCUGGUUUUAUGCUGACUACAAUUUUACAUUAGCAACACUCUGGUCUCCAUUCCUGGUUAAAGCCAGUGAUGCAGACCCCAGUGGUCAUUCCUACAACAGCAUCAUGAACCUCUACUUAGACAAGGUUGAUGAAGCAUGGGCAGCCGAGAUUACAACAUUCGACUAUGUAAUCUUCUCAGCCGGACAAUGGUUCUUUCGACCAUUGAUGUUCUAUGAAAAUGAUCAGCUUGUUGGGUGCUACAAGUGCCAACAAGAGAACAUCACAGACCUCACACAGUACUACGGAUACAGGAAGGCGUUUCGAACUGCUUUUAGAACCAUUCUAAGCCUUAAAGAUUACAAGGGGGUGACAUUUUUGAGGACAUUUUCUCCAGCACACUUUGAAAAUGGAGACUGGAAUAAAGGAGGAAAUUGUGUGAGGACAAAGCCCUUUACCAAGGAAGAAUUGAGGGUGGAUCAAUAUAUUAUGGAGAUGUACUUGACUCAAAUGGAGGAACAAAGAGCUGCAACAAAGGAAGGGAGGAAGAGAGGUUUAGAAUUUAGGUUGCUAGAUACAACUAAAGCUAUGUUGCUGCGGCCAGAUGGGCAUCCGAACCAUUAUGGGCACUCCCAAGAUAAGAAUAUAACAAUAGCCGACUGUGUCCACUGGUGCUUGCCGGGUCCUAUUGACACAUGGAAUGAGUUUUUGCUUUAUAUGUUGAGGAGGGAAGGUCAAUUAACAUUGGGAAGGAAACUACAGAAAAAUGAUUAGGGAAUUUAGAAAUAUAUUGUUAUACAUGUCACUGUACUAUAUAUUUAUUAUUUCCACCUCAGUAAGGAUGUUAUAUAAUCUACACUUCACAUUUAUGGGUUCA